AUGGACCUACCCGCGGUGCUGGCCGCCCCGACCGCGCGCGGAGAUCAACAUGGCGGCGGCGGCGCCUCCUCGGACCGGCGGUGCCGAGACUCGGAGGCGCCCGUCAGCGCGGGCCCUGGGCACCGCCGCUUGCUCUUGCUGAGAGCCCCGGAAGAUGGCGGGCCCGGACCGCGGCGUGACGAGGUCCCGGGGCCGAGUCCGCUGGUCUCCGAGGACGGCGGCGACUCCUUCGUGGUGCUGCUGGAGGUGGCGCGCGGUGCCACCGAGGCUCCCGGGUCACAGGAAGCCGAGGCGGGCCCCGGCGCGAGCCCCGAAGGCCGUCCUGAGCAGGGCCCCGGAGGCCCGAGCGUCGCGCCCGGAGCGGCUCUGGCGGGCACCGUCACCAUCCACAACCAGGACCUGCUGGUGCGCUUCGACCGCGGCGUCUUCACGCUGGCCGCCGCGUCGCCGCCGCCUGUCUCCGCGCCCGCCGUCGGCCGCUCCGCGGUCACCCCGGGUCCUGAGGCCCCGGGCGCCGCUGCGGCUCGCCGCGCCCCGAUGGGCACCAGCUCGGGCUCCCCCGGCUACCGCUGCCCCGAGCCGCAGUGUGCGCUCACCUUCGCCAAGAAGCACCAGCUGAAGGUGCACCUGCUGACGCACGGCGGCCUCCAGGGCCGGCGGCCCUUCAAGUGCCCACUGGACGGCUGCGGCUGGGCCUUCACCACCUCCUACAAGCUCAAGCGACACCUGCAGUCUCACGACAAGCUACGGCCCUUCGGCUGCCCGGUGGGCGGCUGUGCCAAGAAGUUCACCACCAUCUACAACCUCAAGGCGCACAUGAAGGGCCACGAGCAGGAGAGCCUGUUCAAGUGCGAGGUGUGCGCCGAGCGCUUUCCCACGCACGCCAAGCUCAACUCCCACCAGCGGAGCCACUUCGAGCCCGAGCGGCCCUACAAGUGUGAUUUUCCCGGCUGUGAGAAGACGUUCAUUACAGUGAGUGCCCUGUUUUCCCAUAACCGAGCCCACUUCAGGGAACAAGAGCUCUUUUCUUGCUCCUUUCCUGGCUGCAGUAAACAAUAUGACAAAGCCUGUCGUCUGAAAAUUCACCUGCGAAGUCAUACGGGUGAAAGACCAUUUAUUUGUGACUCAGACAGUUGUGGCUGGACCUUUACCAGCAUGUCCAAGCUUCUAAGGCACAAAAGGAAACAUGACGAUGACCGGAGAUUUACCUGCCCUGUGGAGGGUUGUGGCAAAUCAUUCACCAGAGCAGAGCAUCUGAAAGGCCACAGCAUAACCCACCUGGGCACAAAGCCAUUCGAGUGUCCUGUGGAAGGUUGCUGUGCCAGGUUCUCGGCCCGCAGCAGUCUGUACAUUCACUCUAAGAAGCACCUACAGGACGUGGGCACUCCAAAAAGCCGCUGUCCAGUGUCCAGCUGCAACAGACUCUUCACCUCCAAGCACAGUAUGAAGGCCCAUGUGGUGCGGCAGCACAGCCGGCGACAAGAUCUGGUACCUCAGCUGGAAGCUCCAAGUUCUCUCACCCCCAGCAGUGAACUGAGCAGUGGCCAAAGUGAGCUCAGCAACAUAGAUCUAGCAGCUCUCUUCUCUGACACACCUGCCAAUGGUAGCAGUUCAGCGGGUGGGUCAGAGGAGGCACUGAACUCUGGGAUUCUGACCAUUGAUGUCACUUCUGUGAGCUCCUCUCUGGGAGGAAACCUACCUGCUAAUAAUAGCUCCUUAGGGCCCAUGGACCCUCUGGUCCUGGUGACCCAUAGUGAUAUUCCUCCAAGUUUGGACAGUCCUCUGGUUCUUGGGACAUCAGCUGCAGUCCUUCAAUCAGGCAACUUCAGUGCAGAUGAUCCGCAGGCCAUGAGCACAGGAGCAGUAGGCUGUCUGAUGGCUCUGCCUGUGAGGAACCUGGGUCAAGACCCACCGACUUUGAUCCCUAGCAGUAACUUAUCAGCAUCGACCUCCACACCAGCUUCUUCAGGCACCUUCCAAGAAGCCACCAGUGUCUCAGAACUGUUGGCUCCAAUCAAGAUGGAACAAGACUUGCCUCCUGUCCCUGUUGUGGUCCAGCAGCAGGAUGAAAGCCACAGACUGUCCCCAUCAGUGCUUUCCAGCCCUACAGAGAGGCCUGGGGUACAGAAGGACUCAGAACUCGGUGCCAGCACCAGCAACUUCUACUUGGAAAGUGGGGGCUCAGCAAGAACUGAUUACCGAGCCAUUCAACUAGUCAAGAAAAAAAAGCAGAAAGGAACUGGGCGCGCUGCAGGAUCCCCAGAGUCUACUCAAAGAAAAAUGAAAGAUGGCAAAGUCAGCCCACCUCAUGCCCAUGCAGACCAGAGCAGUUGUUUGUGUGAGAACCUCACAGUGCCCAGUGGAUGUAUGCCAGCACCAGCUCCGGCAGCGGGGGCACAGUGUGUCCAGAUCCCAGUGCUUCAGGAUGACCCCUCGAGUGAAGGAGGCUUGCCACUGCCCCUCAGCCCACAGCCCUCUGCCUACCACCCCUUCUUCUCUGUGGAUCUGCCUGUCUACGUCCUCCAGGAGGUGCUUCGGGCUCCCGGAGGUUCUGCUGGGGCCGAGGCUACACAAGUGCCAGGGAGCACUAUAAACCUUCAGGACCUUCAGUGACAGCAGCUCCUGCCUAAGAGACAUUCAGAUGACUGUGGUGCACUUUCUGCUUGCAUCCUGCCUGCUUCUUUAGAGACUUCUGGAUACAUUUAUUGAAAAUGUACCCCUUUCUGUUCUGUGAGCAGCCAGUUUGGACUGCGCUCUGCAGAGCCUCCUUUACAGGCAAGGCACACUAUGUGUCCAUGCCUGUUGUGGGCUUUGCAGCCCUUACCUGGGUCCGUGUGGUCCUGAGCUAAGUAGCACUUGAAUUAAAAGCAAAGGACCUCUGCAGAAAGUGGGUAGAGCCAGGUAUAUGUUUGGGUGAGUCCAACCAGGGCCUUAGUUCCAGUGUUUAGCCUUUUGCCCUACAGAGAUCUAGAAAUCCUAUUCCCUUAUUCCGAGGGCUUGUGUGAGAACUGUUACCCAGCACUUUGAUUGGUGGUGGUGGUGUGUUGGUUUAACUAAGUUCCAGUCUGUACUUAACAGGGCUACAGGCCUCAGGCUGGGAAGAUGAUGCUCAAGGUGGCCUGGGACCUCCACUGGGCUGCCACCCAACCGUCUUCCUACACUGAACAUUUCACUUACAGUUUGGGAUGGAAGAGAAAAAAAUUUUAAGUUUUCUAAAUUCUAUAUUUGUGUAUUAUUGAUAAAUAUUAGUUUGACAACAGUUUAUACAGUGAUGUUAAUACUAUAAAUUAUGUGUAGGACUGCGGUAUGUGAUUUCCAUGGUUGAGGUGAAGAUGUGCAUGUGAUAUGCCCAUGUAUAUUUGUACAGAGUGAGGUCUCUUCCAGAAAGAGACACUUGGCUGCCUUGCACAUAUUUAUGAUCGUAAAGACUGGACACAGGGUCACUACUCCGUUUCUUCUUUCUCUUUGGGCCUUUGAAGUAUGUGCUUGUUAAGAUGUGGUUUUGACUCUUGGACCCUGAAACCAUCCACAUUCUGCCCUUCACGGGUUGCUUUGUUUAUCAGAUUUGAAGAAGGCACUGAGUUUGAGCAUCACUGCUCUUGGGCCCGCUCACUCUGAAGAGCCAGCUGCCUGAGUGCCGCUCCCUAUGGGGAAUUAUAAGGUCCAUUUGAGAAGGGUUCUUUUCCCACAGAUCUCUGUUGGUAUAGGCCAAAGUUUAGGGGGUCAGAUUUGCUCACCUGUCAUCAGGGCCUGCACCUCUCUGCAGCAGCCUGGUACACCUGCCGCCUGCCUUAGGUACCCACCUCACAGGGGACCCCCUCUCUUUGUUCACAGCCCCGAUGGGAGUCUAUGCUGAGCAUUGAGACUUCUUGUUGUGAUGGACCCAACUUCUUACUGCAGCUGAAUAAAAGCGUGUGUGUCAUA